AUGUCCGAACAGCUCAGGUUCAUCGGCUCGCUCACCGGCCACGCUGGUUGGGUCACCAGCAUCGCGACCUCGUCGGAGACGCCGGAUGUUAUCCUGACGGGCUCUCGCGACAAGACGAUCAUCAUCUGGCAGUUGACACGCGACGAGGACUCGUACGGCUACCCCAAACGUGUCCUCCACGGCCACAACCACUUUGUCUCCGACGUCGUCAUCUCCUCCGACGGCCAGUUCGCCCUCUCCGCAUCGUGGGACCACACCCUCCGCCUCUGGGACCUCAACACCGGCGUCACCACCCGCCGCUUCGUCGGACACACCUCCGACGUCCUCUCCGUCAGCUUCUCGGCCGACAACAGGCAAAUCGUCUCUGGCGCCCGCGACCGCUCGAUCAAGCUCUGGAACACCCUUGGCGAGUGCAAGUACGACAUUAAGGAGGAUGGCCACACCGAGUGGGUCUCCUGCGUCCGCUUCUCGCCCAACGUCAUGAACCCGGUCAUUGUCUCCUGCGGUUGGGACAAGGUCGUCAAGGUUUGGGAGCUCUCCAAGUUCAAGCUCAAGACCAAUCACUACGGCCACACCGGCUACAUCAACACCGUCUCGGUCUCUCCCGACGGUUCGCUUGCUGCAUCAGGCGGCAAGGACGGUAUCACCAUGCUUUGGGACCUUAACGAGGGCAAGCACCUCUACUCCCUUGAGGCCGGUGACAUCGUCAACGCCCUCGUCUUCUCGCCCAACCGCUACUGGUUGUGCGCAGCAACGGCGAAGUGCGUCAAGAUCUUCGACCUUGAGAGCAAGUCGAUUGUCGACGAGCUCAAGCCUGAGUACGACGUUGCCUACGGCAAGGUCCCGGAGUGUGUCUCCAUCGCAUGGUCUGCCGACGGCCAGACCCUCUUCGGCGGCUUCACCGACAACCUCAUCCGUGUCUGGACCGUUUCGUCAUGA